CCCUGCAGUGUCCCCGGCCAUCUCCUCCAGCCGAUACCAGCAUCCGGCUUCCGUGUUCUGGUCCCUUCGAGCUUCAGGGACGUAUGGGGACAUACGGGGGGCCGGAACCAGCGGCAAAUUAAAAUUUUUUUAAAAACUGUCAUUUUCUAAUAAUGAUGUUUCAAAGCAUUUCACAUAUAUUUUGGCCCUAGUGCUUUGUCCUGUGCCCUGCCUGCAUUUUUACUGUUCUUUCUGCCUGGAAACUUAGAAAAGUCCAUGGCGUCCAAAAAGCGUCCCUUUAUGUCAAAAGCAGUUUUAGAUUAGCUAGAGAACAGUGAUAGUAAAUCAGAAAGAACCACUUGCAGAAUUGA